AUGGCAAAUCACGUAGUGCUGAACACUGGUGCUAAGAUGCCAAUUAUCGGACUGGGCACUUGGAAGUCAACCUCUAUAGGCUUGAAAGAUGCUGUGAAAGCAGCCAUUGACAUCGGAUACCGCCUUAUCGAUACUGCAUACCUGUAUAAAACAGAAAUCGACAUUGGGGAAGCAAUUGCAGAGAAGAUCAAAGAAGGAGUUGUGAAGAGGGAAGAUCUCUUUAUUGUCAGCAAGCUUUGGUCUACUUUUCAUGAGAAGUCUGCAGUGAAAAAGGCUUGCAUGUUGACACUGACUGACCUAAAACUGGAUUAUCUAGAUCUCUACCUCAUUCAUUGGCCAAUGGGAUUUAAAACAAAUGACCUUGAUGACAGUGGAUUUUUUGUCCCAGACGAUACCAAUUUCCUGGAAACAUGGGAGGGAAUGGAAGAGUUGGUAGAUGCUGGUUUGGUGAAGGCAAUCGGUGUUUCCAAUUUUAAUCACAAACAGCUUGAUUUAAUGCUAAACAAGCCAGACCUAAAAUAUAAGCCUGCUGUCAAUCAGGUGGAGUGCCAUCCAUAUCUUACUCAAGAGAAGCUAAUAAAAUACUGUCAUUCAAAUGGGAUUGCUGUCACUGCGUAUAGUCCCCUGGGUUCACCAGGAAGACUAUGGGCAACACCAGAAGACCCAUCAUUGUUAGAGGACCCAAGAAUAAAAGCAAUUGCUGAAAAAUAUCACAAGACCUCAGCUCAGGUUUUGAUUCACUUCCACAUACAGAGGAAUAUAAUUGCUAUCCCAAAAUCAGAAAAUCCUAGCCGCAUUGCAGAAAAUUUUAAGGUUUUUGAUUUUGAGCUGAGCAAAGAAGAGAUGGACACAAUCAUGAAUUUUAACAGAAAUUGGAGAUACUGUCCAUUGCAGUGGUCAUUGAAGCACAAGGAUUAUCCUUUUAAUGAGGAAUACUGAGGACAUGAUGGAAGAGGCAUACUUUUACCUACAUUUUUAAUUUCUACAGUCUAUCGUUCCCUUGUGCAUGGGAUGUGUUUCUCAAUCUUUCUGUUAUUCAUCUCAUUGAUUAACCACAAUGAAUUAAAUGAAAUUUCACAAACAUGAUAUGUAGCAGUGCUUAAUAACAUUAAUUCCUAAUUGUUCUAAAAUUAAUAAGUAUAAACAGUAAAGAACAUUUUCACACCAAUAACAUCCUUAAGCUCAAGUUAGGUUUUAAUGGAUGAUUUCUUUGGGUAACGUAACAUUCUCAAAUCUGCCUAAUUCAGGUCAAUUGACUGCGUAUUGGAGUGACAUGGCAGAACACUACUUAUAUAGGAGAUGAAUUUGCACCCUGGUUUGAAUUGCACAUAACCUGUGACGCAGAUAACUGUUAAAAGGAACCCAACUUUAUUAUCUGCUGGGCUUGUGCUCAAGUUUCAUAUUUUUAACAUCUGAGGCACUAAGAUAAUGCACUUUUUAGUUAUUUUAUAGCAAAAAUAUACUGUAUAAAGCUUAAGAGAAAAGGUUAUAUUUAAGACAUAGCCAUUGUUUUAUUGUUAUGCUCAGGCACAGUUUCCUGUUAACGAACUUAGAAGAAAACAUAUGGUUCAGAACGAAAAUGAAUGUGCAGCCUGUGCAAGGAGUGUACUUUUAACAUUCCUAAAAGUCACAUACUCUUACGCUAACAGGACUGUCAAUCAACGUAGUGGACUGGGAUAAUUGUGGUUAUUUAAGGUAUCAACAUCUGUCAUGUCCUGUUAGUAACUGGGUGUAACCAAUCAUGUUAAAAGUUUUCAGAUUAUGUAAUGAAUUCCUUGGAAUUGUGAUCCAAUCAAUAAAUUGUAUAAAUAUAGCACAGAGGAUGCUCCUUUCUUUUGUAACACUUGCUAAUAAGGUAUACUGUGAAUGAUGCAUCUUGCAAGACUUAGAUAAUAAAGA